AUGCUCACGACAAAAACCUCUCGGCCGCUGCAGCUGUUUACUCGCUUCAUGCAGUGGACCAGUGCAGUCAUUGUCAUGGGUAUUACUUCAUAUUUUAUCCACCGAGGACCUCACAGCACGCACUUGAUCUACCAAGAGGUUAUUGCAGUUCUGUCGGUUGUCUUCUUCCUUCCAGCCUUCGCCUCGCCAUUUGUGCCCAAUAGUCUCAGCAAGUUUGUGCUGGCGAUCGAUAUCGUCUUCUCGUACCUCUGGUUGACUGCAUUCAUCUUCGCAGCCGAGGACUACAACCGUAAAGCGUGCUACGUAAACUCUCCACCCGGAUUUAGUUGCAAGAAGAAGUACGCCAACGAGGCUUUUAUCUUCCUUGCCUUCAUCUUCACUUUCUUCGGAAUGUUCCUCGAAGUUGCCGGUCUCUGGGCUUAUCGCAAGGAAAGAUCACGAGCUACCAGAGCCGGCAUCGCCCCCGAGAAGCGCGGUCCUACUGAUCCAUUGGACGCUCCCGCGCCGCCAGCAGGAACUGUCUAG